AUGGACCCCCGGCGCCGCGCCAGCCCAGGGGUCGCUGUCGCCUACUGCUGGCUCCUCUCCGUUGUUCUAGGCUUCUGUGUGUCAUUCAAUGUUGAUGUGAAAAACUCAAUGACUUUCAGCGGCCCAGUGGAGGACAUGUUUGGAUAUACGGUCCAACAAUAUGAAAACGAAGAAGGAAAAUGGGUGCUUAUUGGGUCUCCUUUAGUUGGCCAACCCAAGAACAGAACUGGAGAUGUCUAUAAGUGUCCAGUUGGGAGAAGCGAACCAUUACCUUGCAUAAAGUUGGAUCUCCCAGUUAAUACAUCAAUUCCCAAUGUCACAGAAGUAAAGGAGAACAUGACAUUUGGAUCAACUUUAGUCACCAACCCAAAAGGAGGGUUUCUGGCAUGUGGGCCCUUGUAUGCCUAUCGAUGUGGACAUUUGCAUUACACAACUGGAAUCUGUUCUGAUGUCAGCCCCACAUUUCAAGUCGUGAACUCCAUUGCCCCUGUACAAGAAUGUAGCACUCAGCUAGACAUAGUCAUCGUGCUGGAUGGUUCUAACAGCAUUUACCCCUGGGAAAGUGUUACAGCUUUUUUAAAUGACCUUCUUAAAAGAAUGGAUAUUGGUCCUAAACAGACACAGGUUGGAAUUGUACAGUAUGGAGAAAAUGUAACUCAUGAGUUCAACCUCAAUAAGUACUCAUCGACAGAAGAGGUGCUUGUUGCAGCAAAAGGAAUAGUCCAGAGAGGUGGCCGGCAGACCAUGACAGCCCUUGGAAUAGACACAGCAAGGAAAGAGGCUUUCACUGAAGCCCGGGGUGCCCGAAGAGGGGUUAAAAAAGUCAUGGUGAUUGUGACAGAUGGCGAGUCCCAUGACAACCACCGGCUGAAUAAGGUCAUCCAGGACUGUGAGGAUGAAAGCAUUCAGCGGUUUUCCAUAGCUAUUCUUGGCAGCUACAACCGAGGAAAUUUGAGCACUGAAAAGUUUGUGGAGGAAAUAAAAUCAAUAGCAAGUGAACCCACUGAAAAGCAUUUCUUCAAUGUCUCUGAUGAAUUGGCACUAGUCACUAUUGUCGAAGCUCUGGGAGAAAGAAUCUUUGCCCUGGAAGCUACAGUUGACCAAUCGGCAGCAUCUUUUGAGAUGGAAAUGUCUCAGACCGGCUUCAGUGCUCAUUAUUCACAGGACUGGAUCAUGCUUGGAGCCGUAGGAGCCUAUGAUUGGAAUGGGACAGUCGUCAUGCAGAAGGCUGAUCAAAGUGUAAUUCCCCAGAACACAACCUUUAAUGUUGAGUCCACAGAGAAGAAUGAACCUCUUGCUUCUUAUCUAGGUUACACAGUAAGCUCUGCCACUAUUCCUGGAGAUGUGCUCUACAUUGCUGGACAGCCGCGGUACAAUCAUACAGGCCAGGUUGUCAUCUAUAGGAUGGAGGGCAGAGACAUCAGGAUUCUCCAGACACUCAAUGGAGAACAGAUUGGUUCCUACUUUGGAAGUGUUUUAACGACAGUUGACAUUGAUAAAGAUUCUAAUACUGAUAUUCUUCUAGUGGGGGCUCCCAUGUUCAUGGGAAGUGAGAAGGAAGAACAAGGAAAAGUGUAUGUCUACGCUCUGAAUCAGACAAGGUUUGAAUAUCAAAUGAGCCUGGAACCCAUUAAGCAGACUUGUUGUUCAUCUCUGAAGCACAAUUCAUGCACAAAGGAAAACAAAAAUGAGCCAUGUGGGGCUCGUUUUGGAACAGCUAUUGCUGCUGUGAAAGAUCUCAACCUUGAUGGAUUUAAUGACAUUGUGAUUGGAGCGCCCUUGGAAGAUGAUCACGGAGGAGCUGUGUACAUUUAUCACGGAAGUGGCAAGACUAUAAGGGAAGAGUAUGCACAACGUAUUCCAUCAGGGGGAGAUGGCGAGACACUGAAAUUUUUUGGCCAGUCCAUUCACGGAGAAAUGGAUUUAAAUGGUGACGGUCUGACUGAUGUCACUAUUGGGGGCCUUGGUGGUGCUGCCCUCUUCUGGUCUCGAGAUGUGGCUGUUGUUAAAGUGACCAUGAAUUUUGAACCCAAUAAAGUGAAUAUUCAAAAGAAAAACUGCCGUGUGGAGGGAAAGGAAACGGUGUGUAUAAAUGCCACGGUGUGUUUCAAUGUGAAAUUGAAGUCCAAAGAAAACGUGGUUUAUGAAGCUGAUAUGCAAUACCGUGUCACACUAGAUUCUCUAAGACAGAUAUCACGGAGUUUUUUCUCUGGAACUCAAGAGAGGAAGAUUCAAAGGAACAUCACAGUUCGAGAGUCAGAAUGCACUAAACAUUCCUUCUACAUGUUGGACAAGCAUGACUUUCGGGACUCUGUGAGAAUAACUUUGGAUUUUAAUCUUACCGAUCCUGAAAAUGGGCCUGUUCUUGAUGAUUCUCUACCAAAUUCAGUACAUGAAUAUAUUCCCUUUGCCAAAGAUUGUGGAAACAAGGAAAAAUGUGUCUCGGACCUUGCCUUGGAUGUAUCCACCACAGAAAAGGGCCUGCUUAUUGUCAAGUCCCACAAUGAUAAGUUCAAUGUUAGCCUCACGGUCAAAAAUAAAAAGGACAGUGCCUAUAACACCAGAACCAUAGUGAAUUAUUCUCCAAAUCUAAUUUUUUCAGGAAUUGAGGCUAUCCAAAAAGACAGUUGUGAAUCCAAUCAUAAUAUCACUUGUAAAGUUGGCUAUCCUUUCCUAAGAAAAGGAGAAAUGGUAACAUUCAAAAUAUUAUUUCAGUUUAACACAUCUUAUCUCAUGGAAAAUGUGAUCAUUCAUUUAAGUGCAACAAGUGACAGUGAAGAGCCGCCUGAAACCCUUUUUGAUAAUGAAGUGAACGUUUCUAUCCCUGUAAAGUAUGAAGUUGGACUACAGUUUUCCAGCUCUGCAAGUGAAUACCAUAUUUCAAUUGCCGCCAAUGAGACUGUCCCUGAAGUUAUUAAUUCUACUGAAGACCUUGGAAAUGAAAUUGAUAUCUUCUACUUGAUUAGAAAAAGUGGGCAUUUUCCAAUGCCAGAACUUAAACUGUCAAUUUCAUUUCCCAAUGUGACAUCGGAUGGUUUUCCUGUACUGUACCCAAGUGGAUGGUCAUCUUCCGAGAAUGUCAACUGCAUACCCAGUAACCUUCGGGAUCCUUUUGGUAUCAAUACUGGGAAGAAAAUGAUGAUAUCCAAAUCUGAAGAUAUCAAACGAGGCACCAUUCUGGACUGCAGUGCAUGUAAGUUUGCCACCAUCACGUGUAAUCUGAUUCCGUCUGACAUGAGCCAAGUGAAUGUUUCACUUAUCUUAUGGAAACCAACUUUUAUAAAAGCACAUUUUUCCAGCUUAAAUCUUACUGUAAGGGCAGAACUUCAGAGUGAAAAUGCAUCACUAGUUCUAAGUGCUGGCAAUCAAAAAAGAGAGCUUGCUAUCCAAAUAUCCAAAGAUGGGCUACCAGGCAGAGUGCCACUAUGGGUUAUCCUGCUGAGUGCUUUUGCUGGAUUAUUGUUAUUAAUGUUGCUCAUAUUAGCGCUGUGGAAGAUUGGAUUCUUCAAAAGACCACUAAAGAAGAAAAUGGAGAAAUGA